AUGGCUUCAAAAACUUCCCCAUUAAAAACUGCAUUCGCCUGUGCUGUCCUCUUUCUAUUAUCAGCAAGCAAAUAUGCAUGUGGACGCUACAAAUCCAUAAUCAAUUUUGGUGAUUCAAUUGCUGAUACUGGAAAUUUGCUUUAUUUAGAAUCAACUUCGUCCAACAAGAAGCCACCACUCUGUGGGUUCCUACCUUAUGGAGAAACUUUCUUUCAUCAUCCCACCGGCCGGUUCUCCGACGGCCGUCUUAUCAUCGAUUUCAUUGCUCAAGAUAUGGGGCUUCCAUUUGUGCCUUCAUUCCACGGCGAAGGAAAUGUAAGCAGGAGUUUUCAGGAAGGUGUGAAUUUUGCAGUCAGCGGAAGUACAGCUCUGGAGGACUCAUUUUUUGCAAAAUAG